GUUAGCAUUAGCCGCUACUAGCAGGAAUCCAUUGUUCCUGAUUAGGUUUGGUUAACUAAAAACAGGACUGAAGAAUGGCAACCGGGAGAAGACAGAUGAAGAAGAAACACCCAGAAGAUAAACUGGAUAACAAAGUGUUUGAUUUUACUGAGGAGGAAAAGAAGGGCCUGAGCGGCUCAGAGGAUGAUGCCAGGGAAGAUGAAACUCCAGUUGUGGACAAGUUGGCCAAGAAGAGACCAGCAGAGGACUUUGAUGAGGAGGGGGCCACAACUGCUGUGGGAAACGAGGUUCAUAACAUGUUGGAGAAAUUCGGAGCUGACAUCAGCAAGGUGAUGCAGGCUAAGAAGAAACGUCUGGAGAGUCUGACCAAGAACUACAUGAAGGGGAGUCAGCACAAACUGGAGACCCUGUGGAACAGCUACAGCUCCCAGAGGCAGAAGAUGACUCAGCAGUAUUCUCAGCAGGUGUCCUCGGCGCUGCAGCAGUGGGAGACGGAGGCCCAGCGAGCCGAGGAGCAGGAGGAGAAACUCAACAAUCUGUUCAGGCAGCAGCAGAAGAUCCUGCAGCAAGCCCGCGUGGUGCAGAACCAGAAGCUGAAGACGGUCCGAGAGCUGUACGAGCAGUUCGUCAAGAACAUGGAGGAGAUGAAGAGCCACGACUCGUUCCUGCAUGGAGCGCAGGAGUGA